AUGGAAAGGCAGCUGUUUCGCGCCGUGUGUCUGCCCCUGCUCCUGGGCACCGUCCUGUCGUGCGUCGCGUCGGAAACAAGUGAACAGAAGCCUGCGGCAAAUUUCACAACCACCAUCCCGAAAGAGGGACUCGAGAGGGACGUGGAGCAAGUCUUUUACCUCGGACCGUCCAGCACGCUCCAGGUCAUCGACGAAACCGGGAAAGCCAAGUAUCUGCCAGAACCGAGCACAUCCUCGGAUGCGUCUUUGGCGGAGUCGUACCCUGCCGCGUAUCAAUUUGAGAACGGAGCGUGUGAUUUCAGCAAGACAGUCGACUUCAAGGCUGCAUUUCCUGGGUACACAAAGCCGCUAUGGGUCGCUGACGAGAAAGGUUCGGGGGCGAGUGGGGAGGCGUCCUCGGGAGGGCCUGUUCGGUACACAUUUACGAAUCCGCCUGCAGAGUGUUUGUCUGGGGUUUUGAGUUUUUGUGUGCGGUUCAAGACGGUGCUGGCUGCCGGGUCGGAUUCAGCAACUAGUUCAUCGACUGCGGGGACAACUGAGAAUUCGGAUUUGUCAACCCAACCGGGUGACACCGGAGAGGGUGAAGAGGAAGGUGAAGGGGACAACAAACCUACUCAACCCAAUGGAGGUGUUUCGCCCCCUAAACCAGGGGCGGGCGGGACGAAUGUCGUUCCGGAGAAUGGAGUUAGCGGCGGGAAAGGUCCUCCAUCAGCCGCGGAAAUUCCGGAUCAAGGUGUCAGUUCCAAUGGGGGGAUUGAAGGAGACCGUUUACCGGAGAAAAUCGGGUCUCCAGAACACACCUCAGACACGCAAGUUGUUGACACGAACCUACCAGCAUCAAUUACUUUCUCCACAUCUACAGAGAAGUCGGCAGAAACCACGUUGUCCGCAACCGAAAACGGCCAUGAAGUCCAGAGUGGCGACGCAGAAGACAACCGCGCUCCUUCGAGACGGUUGGGUGACACGCCUGCAGUGAAAGAGGCGUACUUGACUGUUGUGGUGCACUCCGCAGCUUGGGGCUCUGCAGGUGGAAUGGGCGCAGCGCUGGGUCUUCUCCUCACUGCCGUAGCCGCGGGAUUGCAUUUUUUGUAG